AAGCGAGGGAAAACACACUAGCGGCGCGGAGAGAGGCCGCGGUGGAGCAAGGGCGGCCAGGAACCGACCCCAUUUCAAUCGGAGGCCACCGCUGCGCCCCGAAGCUUCCUCGCUCGCCGCCCGCUCACCGGAGACAGAAAGAGGCCGAUGGCGAGCUCGCUGGCCCGCCUGGGGGCGGCGCUGCCCCGUGCGCGCCCGCGUGCCUCGGCGCGUGUCCUGCCACCGGGACGGUGGGACGCCGCGGCGCUCGGCGCCUCCCGCCGCGCCGCGCUGAAUGUUGGCAGAUGCCAAGUUCACUCCGACAUGAAAGUAGCCCCUACAUCGGACCGGAAGGAUGGAGAAAACUCAUCUAAAAAUUGGAGGAUCAAGAUGCUCUACGAUGGUGAUUGCCCACUCUGUAUGCGUGAGGUAAACAUGCUGAAAGAAAGAAACAAAUCCUAUGGAGCAAUAAAAUUCGUUGACAUAAGCUCGAAGGAUUACUCUCCAGAUGACAAUCAGGGACUUGAUUAUGAAACUGCCAUGGGGAGAAUACAUGCCAUUCUAUCAGAUGGAACUAUCGUCACAGAUGUUGAGGCAUUUAGAAGACUGUAUGAGGAAGUACGACUUGGAUGGGUUUAUGCUGUUACUAAGUAUGAACCUGUAGCUACCAUGGCAAAUGCAGUAUAUGGUGUGUGGGCAAAAUACCGUAUGCAAAUUACAGGUCGACCUCCGCUAGAAGAGAUUAUGGCAUCCCGAAAAGCUGCAGGUGAAUGUAAAGAUGACAAAGUAUGCAAGAUGUGAACCUGAAAAUGUUGGUCUACCCUGCUGCAUUGCUCACCUCUACCUAUGCUUGGAUACGCACACAUAUAGACACACUCUGUUCGCUUGGUUGUGGCUGGUGCUGAUUUGUUAUGAGAGAAAAGUACUGUUGGCUGGUGGCAGACUGGCAGGUGCUGAUUUGAUACGAGAGAAAAGCAUUGAUAGCUGGUUGGCUAACAAGCCAAGCGAACAUAAUAGUCUUAACGCUAAAGAUAAAUCACAGUGGUAUGAAAAGAAUCGAGAAUAGCUUAUACAACAGUUUGUUGAAGUAAAUAAUGAUGCAACUGUAUACUGUACCGUUCGAUGGAAAAGACAUUGUAAAUGCCAUUUUAUGGUGAAAAGUUCCAUGGACUGUUCUCGUUUUUAUCUUAA